CCCAUCACAAAACAUGACUUAUUCCCUCACCCACUUCUAUUCGUAUUGAUUCUACUGUACCAAUCACUUGCUUGGAGAAAUUAAUGCUUGGUAUAUCGGAGGCUUGUGGCCUGAUACAAUACAUGCUAGCUAUCUAGUUCUUGCUUAAACAAAGUCGAAGUCUGUCCUGUAGAUCUGAAUUUUGUAAAAAGUCGCGAAUCACAAAAUACUCCCACCUCGCCCAUUCAGCAGAUAUGGCGACAACCGAGCAGCAGUACGAUACCAUCCAAGGUCCCUACGACUACAUACGCACAGCGUCAAUUGCCCUUAUCGAGCGGGAGAAUAUCCAAGAAACAGUUGCGCCAUUCGUCAAGAACGCCCGAAUUCUGGAGUUGGCUUGCGGAACAGGUUUCUACACCUACAGCUUCCUCGAAUGGGGGGCAAGCUCCGUAGUUGGGGUCGACAUCUCCUCAGUCAUGAUAAACGAAGCGCGGCGCGCCGGAAAGGAGGUCUCAUUCAUACAAGCCGACUGUUCAAUCCCGAAAGCCUAUGAUGGUGGACCGUUCGACGUUGUCUUCGCCGCUUGGCUUCUCAACUAUGCUCUAGAUCAAGCUGCUUUGGUGAGCAUGUUCCGCAACAUCGCCAUCAAUCUAAAGGAAGGAGGGCGUUUUGUUUCGAUCACGGUUCCGCCUUCUUCGAAUCCCAUGGACUCCAUCAAUGCCGAGAUACAGGCUCGUCCCUUAUCUGCAGGAGGCUCGGGGUAUCUAGUCUAUGAACCUAUCAAUGAUGUCGAUGAUGGGGUUUAUUUCCGCGUGAACUAUACGAGGAGGCGGCGAGAGAAGCGGGAUUGA